AGACAGUUAAAACUCGGGGCGGCUGAGGAGAGGACUCAUUUCCUCCUCAGACGAUCUAGCAAGAGCAGCUAACAUGAAAGCCUUCCUGCUUGUCUCUCUCAGCCUCCUUUUGGUGAUCGAGGUCUCUCCCUCAGGUACUGACAAUGUGACAACCACGUCUGCCAGCACUUCAACUGAGUUACCUGUGACAGCUCAGUCCAAUGGUAAUAGCGCAUCUGCAUCCUUGGGAACAGCUCCUGAUGGACAGACGUCUGCCCAGACUCCUGCUGGAUCCACGCAGCCUGCUUCUGCAGUAACGUCUCCAAAUAUCGAUGCCAACUCCUCCGUGGAUCCCAGCAGUACCAGUCCUCCAGAGGGGACAACUCAGCCUGACAAUAAUUCAUCUGUGCCCUCAGAGACAACUCAGCCUCCUGACGGACAGGGGACUAACCAGCCUACCAAUACAUCCACACAGCCUCCUCUAGUAACGUCUCCAAAUAUCGAUGCCAACUCCUCCGUGGAUCCCAGCAGUACCAGUCCUCCAGAGGGGACAACUCAGCCUGACAAUAAUUCAUCUGUGCCCUCAGAGACAACUCAGCCUCCUGACGGACAGGGGACUAACCAGCCUACCAAUACAUCCACACAGCCUCCUCUAGUAACGUCUCCAAAUAUCGAUGCCAACUCCUCCGUGGAUCCCAGCAGUACCAGUCCUCCAGAGGGGACAACUCAGCCUGACAAUAAUUCAUCUGUGCCCUCAGAGACAACUCAGCCUCCUGACGGACAGGGGACUAACCAGCCUACCAAUACAUCCACACAGCCUCCUCUAGUAACGUCUCCAAAUAUCGAUGCCAACUCCUCCGUGGAUCCCAGCAGUACCAGUCCUCCAGAGGGGACAACUCAGCCUGACAAUAAUUCAUCUGUGCCCUCAGAGACAACUCAGCCUCCUGACGGACAGGGGACUAACCAGCCUACCAAUACAUCCACACAGCCUCCUCUAGUAACGUCUCCAAAUAUCGAUGCCAACUCCUCCGUGGAUCCCAGCAGUACCAGUCCUCCAGGGGGUAUAACUCAGCCCGACGGUAAUUCAUCUCUGCCCUCGGGGACAACUCAGCCUCCCAAUGCCACAGAGCCACCCUCUCCAGAUCUUUGCAAGCCUGACUCUUGUGGAGGAAAAGCUUCGUGUGUUAAUCUGUAUUCCAUCUUUAUCUGCUUGUGUUCGGAAGGCUGGUACUACAAUUCUUCAUCAUCACUGUGUGAGAGAGGAAAGACAUUCCCUGGAGAGAUCACCAUGAAAUUUGAAGCAGCCGACUUGCAAGAUAAAACCUCUAAAAACUAUCAAAAAUUGCAAAACCAUGUUGAAAACUUUUUUAAAAACAUAUUUAAGGAUGAUGAUUUUGGACAGACUGUAAUUCUUAAAGUGAGCCCCACCUCGUUUCGGUCAGCAAGAUCUGCAAUGACGGAUAAGAGAAGCAAUAUCUUUGUAUCAUUCAUAAAUAUGUUUGGAGAAAAUACAAGUCAAAAUGAAACCACUGUAACUGCUGCAAUCGAAAAAGCAGCUAAUGAUAGCGAUGACGUGUCAGGCUAUACUAAUAUAAAUGUGUGUGACUAUCGUGGUUGUGUGGAUAAUGGCACUGAUAUUUGCCAAGAUGCUUUACAAUGCACGUGCAAACCUGGGCUGAAGAGGCUUCAUUUACUGAGUCCUUUCUGUGUUUCUGUAAGCUGUGCUGAGCCCUGCAGCACAGAGGACCGGAAGCAAUGCAUAACAAAUGAUGACGGAACACGGGAGUGUGUGUGCAUGGCGGGCUACCAGAAGGCUAACGGGAAGUGUGAAGAGUGUCCAUUUGGCUACAGCGGGGUGGAUUGCAAAGACCCCUUCCAGCUGAUCCUCACCAUUGUAGGCACCGUUGCCGGAGCCCUCAUCCUCAUCUUGCUGAUCGCGUUUAUCGUCUCAGUGAGAUCAACGAAGAAAAAGAAGGAUGUGGAAGAGCAGAACUUGAUCGAGGAUGACUUCCACAAUGUGCGCCUGCAGCAAACAGGCUUCAGCAACUUUGGAGCCGACAAGAGCAUCUUUCCUAAAGUCCGGACGGGGAUCCCAAGUCAGACCUCAAAUCCCUACGCAAACCAGCGAAGUAUGCCCCGCCCAGACUACUAGAAUGAUAAGACUUGGGAGUCCUCCCUAACCCAGCCCACACAAGCUGUGAUCUUGAGUAUUUAGAGAACAAGGAGAAAUGGGCAGAGACAGAGGUCUGACCUCAGGGAUCCUCUCCACCCUGUCUGCCAACCCCUCUGAGUAUGAACCUGUGUGAAGAUGCUGCUUGCUGAAGACACACCUAUGAAAUUAAAUGUACAGCAACACUAUGGGCCUUUGUAAGCGUUUUUUCUCCACUCUGUACAAAAUGCUGUGAUGGUGAUUGGUGUGGGGCUUCCCUUUCCUGAUGGGUCAACAGUUAGCAUCUCCAGUCUAGAGGGAGCACCCUCUGGACAGUGCCACUCCUGAACAGACAGAGGCUUGUGAUAGGCCCUCACCUCAAGAAGACAGGCAAGAGACACAAGCACCUCCUAGCUGGGACUAGAUCUGCCCUCCAUGCGGGACAGUCAAGUCCUUCAGACGUUAGUUCGUAGGAGAAGCAGGGAAAACAUGAGCAUAGGUAGUGGAGAGAGGCCAAGGAAGCCAUGCUGGGGAAAUGAAGGAGGAAGAAGGAAGCAGGUGGCAUCUUCUCCCUUGAUGUUAUCCCUCCUCAGGCAGCAAAUGGGCACUCUCAGGGGCUGCCCUCCCCAGGACACAGAUCCUGGGAAGGUCCUGAAAGCAGGAGUCAGGGUGAAGGCCUGCGACAUUGCAGGGCUUCGGUCUGGAGCGAUGUCAAAGGUGUCCACUCUAUGACGCUCCACUGGGCCUCAGCCAUGUGGAAGCUUAGCAGUGUCCACCAACACGUGUGUAUACACACACAUACGGGAUAAUACAGCCACCUGUCUUUUCAAAUGUUAAUUGUGCCCUUGUGUCUGUCUGAUGUCCGGUCCUCUCAAAAGGUAUUUUUAUUUGUUGUUGUUGUCAUUAUUAUUAUUAUUUGUUCUUGACUGUUCAUUGUGCAAGGCAAUGAUGAAAUAAAACAUAUUUGAUAGACAGUGUCCUUUCUUCUGGGAGUCUCAUAGCAGUGAGUCUCAUUUUGUUUCUGUUUUGAGACAGGGUCUCAUGUAUCCCAGGAAAGGGGGCCCCAUCCAUCUACACAGCCCUGGGGAAGCUGUCAUCUCUGUGGGAUGCAGGCUUUCCAGUGUAACUGGCUUCCCCUCCCCUCCCCCCAGCCAGCGUUUCUCUGUGGAGCCCUGGCUGUCCUGGAACUCACUUGGGAGACCACGCUGGCCUCAAACUCAGAGAGCUGCCUGCCUCUCCAUCACUACCACACUGAGUGUGGCCUUGUGCACAACCCCUCACCAACUGCUCUGUUAAAUAAACCUGAUGAACUCA